AUUUUCAUCAACAUUCGCUCACAUAAACACACACACCGAACCAAUUGUCUUUGUCUUGCCUUGUUUUUGUGAGAAUUAUCAUCGAAAUUUUGUGGUAAUUAUCUGUUUGCUGUUGUUGUUACCUUCAUCAAAUAUCAUUUGCAAAUAAUCUUUGAGAUUAUUGUUGUUGGGUGUAAAUUUUUUUCGAGUAACCAAGUUCAAUAAUAAAAGAACCGAAAAUUGAUCGAUAUAAUAAUAACGAUAUGCCUAUUGUACCAUCCGACCGGCGUAACCGUGUAUUUAUCGGUGGUAUAGGUGAUCGUAUUACUAAAGAAGAUAUUGAAGCCGAAUUUGGUCGUUAUGGAAAAUUGACCAAUGUUUGGGUUGCACAGAAUCCGCCCGGGUUUGCUUUCGUUGAAUUUGAUCAUAUUGCCGAAGCCGAUUUGGCUGUAAACGAAAUGAAUGGCAAAUCAUUUAUGGGUUCGGCCAAUAAAAUUCGUGUCGAACAUAGUCAUGGCGGUAAAUCACGUAAUGGACGCCGUGGUGGUGGUGGUGGACGUUUCGAUGGUCCACGAUCAUCAUUCGGUGGCGGUCCACGGGGUUUUAAUAGUGGUGGUGAUGGUGGUUAUCGAAGUAAUGGCGGUGGAUAUCGUCGCAUGGGACGUGAUGGUGGUGGAUUUGGUGGCGGUAGCGGACGUUUUGAUGGCGGUGACAAACGUCGUCCAUUUCAAUCUGGCGGCGGUGGCGGCGGCCGAUUUCCUUCGGGUGGUGGCGGUGGGGGUGGACCACCACGUUAUGGACGAAGUGAUCGUCCAUAUGGUGGACCACGACGAUCACGUUCACCAAGCGGUAGAAGUAACAAAUAUCCGCCACGUAUUGAACCAAUGUCCGAUCAUGGUUUUUCACCAAUUGGUGGUGGUGGAUACGGAAAUCCAAGCCAAUACUAAAACAAAUAUAAUUCAUCAUCAUCUAAUAUCCCAUUCAAAUAAUCUCACUCACCUCACUCUACUUUUUUUCUUGCCAUCCAAAUAUAUUCAACUUUUACUUCUUCACCAAAAUAUCGUCGUCGUCAUAUCUUCGCGAUUUGAACACACAACAUAACCAUUUUUUUCUAUAUUAAUCUUGGUCUUCAAAUCAAAGUAAAUCAUCUUUAUGAUUAUCAAAUGAGAAUAUAAGUAUUUCAAUCGUAUAGUCAUCAAUUCUAAAUUGCAUUCAUCCAGGCCAUUUUCUUUGUAUUUUUUUUCUUCGUAUUCAAAGCCAACUUUUGUCUAGUUUUUUCUUAAUAAUUGUAUUGUGUGUCAAUCAAAUCAACAAAAAUAAAAAAAAUCUAAAUUC